AGGGAAUUCGUUUUACGAAUUGUCUCUUAGAAGAAUAAAAACAAAUUUUAUAAAUGAGAGUUGAGAUUUUUCGUUGAAGAUGAUUUCGAGGUUGAUUUGUGGUCUCGCGCUCUUCGCCGGGGCCCUCCUGUAUCAGUCAACAAUGGCGCAAAUUGAUGGGUAUCGACCAGGAGUGGACUACCCAAUUUACAAUUCCGUUCCGUUCGGACUCGGUUUCAACUGCAGAAAUAAAUUGCCCGGCUAUUAUGCAGAUCCCGAAGCGAGAUGUCAGGUCUGGCACUGGUGCCUUCCCAACGGCCGAAUGUACAGCUUUCUGUGCCCCAAUGGCACGGUCUUCAGUCAGACCACUCGCGUCUGCGAUUGGUGGUUCAAGGUGGACUGCAUCGAUUCGCCGAGGCUCUACGGUAUCAAUGACGAUUUGUACAGAGAUGCCAAUGGAAACAGAAUAUAAAUUAUGAUGUAUUGUAACUUCUAUUUAUG